CUAUUAUGACCGGCGGUGCAACUCGCCUAUAAAAGCCUGUCGCUGCGCGACCGCUGGCACAGUCGCUUCCUGUUCUUGUGUGAGCUGCUUCCUCCGGGCAAACUGUGGCGGCCGGGAAGAUGGCGUCUACCAGCCGUUUGGAUGCUCUUCCAAGGGUUACGUGUCCAAACCAUCCAGAUGCGAUUUUAGUGGAAGACUACAGAGCUGGUGAUAUGAUCUGUCCUGAAUGUGGCCUGGUUGUAGGUGACCGGGUUAUUGAUGUGGGGUCAGAAUGGAGAACUUUCAGCAAUGACAAAGCAACAAAAGAUCCAUCUCGAGUUGGAGAUGCUCAGAAUCCUCUUCUCAGCGAUGGAGAUUUGUCCACCAUGAUUGGCAAGGGCACAGGCGCAGCAAGUUUUGAUGAAUUUGGUAAUUCCAAGUACCAGAAUCGGAGAACUAUGAGUAGUUCUGAUCGAGCAAUGAUGAAUGCAUUCAAGGAAAUCACUACCAUGGCAGACAGAAUCAACCUUCCUCGAAAUAUAGUCGAUCGAACGAAUAACUUAUUCAAGCAAGUCUAUGAACAGAAGAGCCUAAAGGGAAGAGCUAAUGAUGCCAUAGCCUCUGCAUGCCUCUACAUUGCCUGCAGACAAGAAGGGGUUCCUCGGACCUUCAAAGAAAUAUGUGCCGUAUCACGGAUUUCUAAGAAAGAAAUUGGCCGAUGUUUUAAGCUCAUCUUGAAGGCUUUAGAAACCAGUGUGGAUCUGAUUACAACUGGAGACUUCAUGUCCAGAUUUUGCUCCAACCUUUGUCUUCCUAAACAAGUGCAGAUGGCAGCUACACACAUCGCCCGCAAAGCUGUGGAACUGGACUUGGUUCCUGGCCGGAGCCCCAUCUCUGUGGCCGCUGCAGCCAUUUACAUGGCCUCGCAGGCUUCCGCUGAGAAGAGGACCCAGAAAGAAAUCGGAGAUAUUGCUGGUGUUGCUGAUGUUACAAUCAGACAGUCCUACAGACUGAUCUACCCUCGAGCCCCAGAUCUGUUCCCUACAGACUUCAAAUUUGACACCCCUGUUGAUAAACUUCCACAGCUAUAAUCUGAAGCGCACCUAAUGUUAAAUCUUACGAACACUGAACUCUGCCUGUUGUACAUAGCCUAUACCAAGUGCUGGAUUGAGCCUUGAAUGAGAAAAAGCAAAGUACAUGGUACGCAUUCCAGGCCUAAAUAGUAAUCGCUUGGCAUCCUGUCUGUAUAUACCAGUGAAACAUAUUUAAUGAUUUAAAUUUCUUACUGAAUUUGCUUUCUUUUGUAGCAGCCUAGGAAACUAUUUUGGAAGAUAUUUGAAAUUAUGUAAUUCUUGAAUAAAAUGUUUUCAAAACUAAA